AUGGUGGUGGUCAGAGUGCACAGCCACGCGCUCACAAACAGCAGCAUCCCCAGGAGCUCCAUAGCACAGGUACAAGUGUCCAUUCUGAGGCAGAGGGAGCAGCCGGAAAACAAGACGCUGCUGCUGCUGCGAUACCUGCACACUCAGUCUGAACUCAAGCGUCACGAGCUGAAACACUCAGAGGCACUCAUCUUCUGCAGGGAGGAGAGGAGCCAGCCCCCUCCAGAGGGUUCAGCGGACUGCGGCCACACGUCCAGCAGGGGGCGCCACCGCAUACGAGGAGAACUACUGCAGAAGCACCUUGAAGAUGAGGGGCCUCCCUAUUGGCCGCCUGUGCGCUCCUCUGACGUGCGUCUCUCUAUGCAAAUCCCCCACCGCCGAAUAUGGACACGGAGCUCUGAACUAUGGAGGAGGCGAACAUGGACGACCGCGGACCGUGAGGCGCUUCCAGACAAACAACAAAGUUUGGAUGUAUCUCCGCCGCGCUCCGACUCCAGCGGGAACUUUACGCACGGGACCUGGAACCUCUGUCCGGACGGGAGCGACACGGGAGCGCGCUGUUGCUGCGGUAAUGCGGUGAAGAGGAGCCACGGGGGAUAA